AUGGGGCGGCAAGAGCAGUUUUUAGUCACGCGUCUGCUGCUGCUCGCGGUGGUGGUGGCGUUGGUUUUUCUGUCGGCGCAGGCGCAGGCGCGCCUAUUCCGCACUGCUGGCAGCGACGACUUGUACACGCGCCUUGGUGUGUCGCGGGGGGCGACGAAGGACGAAAUCAGAAAGGCCUUCCGCAAACUCACCCGAGAGCACCACCCGGACAUGCAGGAGACGUAUGAGGCGAAGGAGGCGGCCAAGGCGUACAUGGUGCGGGUGCUUCAGGCCUACAAGGUUCUCUCAGACGACGUUCAGCGGCAGGACUACGACAACUUUGGAACCGUCCCCGGGGAGAAGCUCGAUACCGCGGAGUUUUCGGCGCAGCAGAUAUUUGAGUACUUCAAUCAGCAGCCGCCUAUCCUCUCCAAGACCCGGCAACUGGAGACACUGCAGACGGUGGAGCGGAUACUACACUUCCGCGGAAACCGGCUGUUCCUGCUGCAGGUGUACGACGACGCAUGCGACUCCUGCCGCUGGUUUGCCUCCACUUGGGAGGGAUUUGUCCAGUCGAGUCUCGUCGAGGGCGGUGUGGUGGAGAUGCUUCGCAUUGACGCCUACUCCGCGGAAGGGCCAUCGCUGCUGAGUGCGCUUGGUCUCUCCUACAAGGGAGAGGUCGGGGUAUACGCCUUUAUCGACGGGAAGACGUGGCCCAUGCCGCACCUGCAAACCGUGGUGAGGUCGCGAAGUGGGCGUAACGCCUUCACGUCGCUCUUGGACUUUGUGAUGAGCUUCUUCUACGACAGGUACACUGAGAUCAAUUCUCUGAAGGUGGAAAACAGCACACGGGCCCUUGUGGAGUGGCUGCGGGAGGAGCGCGACGCCCCAGAUGGCCUGCGCGUCCUGCUGCCGCCGCUGACGGUGGAGUCCGUGGCUCUCACCCUGUCUUACUUGUACGAGGGCGUGGCCGUGGUACGCUCCGUGCCGCGGGCGGUGCUUCAGGACUUCGUGGAGAACUACUGCGGGCAGCCGAUAGAGGUGCGGGACCGCGACGGUGAGCUCCUGCCAAUGCCGGAGUUCAUCGUGGUCUCUUUGCGGCAGCUUGACGAAGUCGCUGACGCGGCGUCCACGGAGACGUCACAAGUCAUGCGCAACUGCAGCGGUGUCAACAUUGGGGCCAGUGCGGCUCUCUCGUAUCGUAAGGCAAACGCGUUUUUGAGGGAGUUUCUGCCGCCACGGCACCCGGGAAUGGCAAACCUGACUUACGUCACAAGCAACUCGCUCUACGAAGUGUGUCGGCGGCACUGCCUGCUGUGGUUGCGCGAGAGCUGCUCGGAACCGCCAGCUGACGUCUGGAAGAACGCCCUGGCGGGGGAUUACAGGCCGUUUGUGGUGGGGUACGUCUGCCUGGACGGCGAGCCGGGCCUGCGUGACGCCCUUCCGACGUCGGCGCACGACACUCUCGUGGCCAUCGUGGACGGCGACGAGAGCAGCCUGCACUUCCUCCCCCAUGAUCCGCGACCAAGCCAAAUCGCGGAGGCGCUCUCCCGGCUGCUGACGGAGGAGCAAGAGAAGGGCCCGCUUCGCCUCACAACGCCUUUGUCAGCUUUGAUGACCUCGCGGCCGUUUUACUUGUCGCACGUGCAGUACUGGUACAUCAAGUUCCGCUGGAUUUACAGCUUCGUGUACCCAGUCUUCUCCAACACCUACCCGUUCCUGAUGAUGUUGAUCAUCCACAAACUCCUCGGCCGGCUAAACCUCCUGGGCAACAAUACCGCCACCACCACCACCAACAACAACAACAACAAUGGAAGCAGCAGCAGCAGCACAAACGGCAACAGUGGGGCGGCAGCUUCCAGCGCGCAGAGUGCAACCGCCAAAACAACUGAAUGCGGCCACGCCGGUACGAAAGGCACGACGAGGAAUGAAAAACGGUUGCUUCCCUUCACCGCGGGAGACUUGGAGGCGGCGAAGGUUGGGAAGGGGUUUCUUCUGCUUUUGUUCCAGCCCGGGGAGAAGGGGGUGCCGGUCCUUCCACCCCUUGCGGAGGACUCAAGAUUUGCUCUGCGUCUGGCUUCGCCAACGGAUCCAAUUUGGGCCCCAUGGCUUUCUCAACACCGCCAAGAAGAAGAAGAAGUCGCUCUUAAGCGCGAAGACGCAUCAGCAGAAGGGGAGGAGGAGUUAAUCGUCGUCGCCAUCCGGCAAGGAAGGAUGAAGGCGACCAUAAAGCCAUCCAAGGCGGCAAUGGAUACAUGGUUGCAUGAUCUUCUUGAUGGCACCAUCACUUUGGCAACACCCCUUCCGUAA